GAAAAUUGUAAUUUUUUUUAUACAGCUCAUCGACGCAAAUGGCGCUACGGUUACUUUCGUCUGUGAUGUGACUGUCUUCUGCAAUAAUGACAGACGAAAAAGACUACUUCCUUGAACUAAGUUCUAAUCCGAUCAGGUUCGAACCUGUCAGCAAGAUCGCGAAUGUCUUUUUCGACGAUGCCAACCAGCAGGUAUUCGUUGUGCGAUCAGGCGGAGCGACUGGCGUCGUCGUCAAAGGCCCCGACGACUGCAAGUCCACCGACUUCAGAAUGGACGACAAGGGAGACGUUGUCUCCAUCAAGUUCUCACCCGACUUGAAAAUCCUCGCUAUUCAGCGCAGCCAGAAGUCCGUCGAGUUUGUCAACUUUUCCGGCACGCUCGACAGUGUCGAGUAUUCCCAGAGCUGCAAAGGGAAAGCUACUAACAUCUUGGGCAUUGCCUGGACCUGUGCAAACGAAAUUGUCUUCGUUACGGACCACGGCAUCGAGUUGUACCAGGUCAGCUCGGAGAAGCGAACUCUCCGUUCCCUGAAGACGUACACACUACAAGUAAAUUGGUUUGUUUAUCAGCCCGAGACGUCUUUGCUUGUGCUCUCCUCUGGACCACUUGGUAAUAUCCUACACCCGUUUCAAUUUAAACCAGGGGUUGCAACGCGGCUCCCAAAAUUUGAAGUUGAUUUGCCGAUCAUUCCUAAGCCUCCAAGAGUAUGCCUACUCGAACGAGACGUUACAACAGCAGUACUUUAUGGCAAGUGUGUUAUCGUGGUAUUACGUCACCAGGCAAGAACUUCAGUAGGAGGCACCGGAGCUGAAAUUGUCAUCUACACCCUGCAGAAGGAAGCGCCACCAAGAAAAACCGACAUUUUGAAGCUUGACACAAGCGGGAGGUUUGCUGUGAAUGUUGUGGACAGCUUAGUCAUUGUACACCAUCAGGCAUCGAAGAAGUCAAUGUUGUUCGACAUAAAGUUGCCUGGAUACAGUGACGGUUUUGUGACUUAUCACAGGCCAGUAGUUCCUCCAUCACCGAUUCGCCCUCUUAAGCUGAAAGUUACCUUGCCGCCAAACAACUCGCUAGAAGAAGUCAGCUAUGAGCUGUACUCACCGAAUUGGGUGGUCUUCCAACCAAACAUUGUCAUUGAUGCAAAGAUUGGCUGCCUCUGGUAUGUCAUGUUGAGAUUAGAACCUUUGCUUGCUCAUUUUGAUGACAAGCGCCAGCUGGUCGACUUCCUUCUGCAGCGCUCCAAUUCUAAAGAUGUUCUGCUUGGCGUGUGUCGUCGUCUGCUGGAGAAAGACUCCCAGCUGCCCCUCGACCAGAUCGCGUAUGUGUUUGACAAGCUCGCCACCAAGGAAGGCUGCGUAGACCCUUCCGAUAUGUACGCCCACGUCUUUUCAAAAUUUGCUGAUGAAUCUGAAGACAGGUUUCACUUCGUUGUUUCCACCCUUGUUGAGUACAUCAGGUCGUUGGUGCAGCAUCAGCUGACAGUUCCCUAUUGCCAUAAUGAGCUCCUCAUCAAUGUCCUUGUUCACAACCGGCGGUUUCACCAGUUACACCAGUUCCUACAGUACCAUGUUCUGACAGAUUCCAAGCCACUGGCAUGCCUCCUGCUGUCGUUGCAUGCAGUGUACCCACCAGCAACACAGCUGGCACUCGACAUGCUCAAGAGGCUGGGCACAGCCAAUGAAGAAAUUGUUGAAGUACUGCUAUCGCAAAAAAGAGUGCUCAGUGCUAUACGGUUUGUGCAGAACCUGGGAACUUCAGAUUCAAUCUCGGCACGCAAGUUUCUUGAGGCUGCGAGGACAAGUGAAGACCCUGCAAUAUUCUAUGCUGUGUUCAAGUUCUUUGAGCACCGUAAUGAGAAUCUCAGAGGUGUGCCAGAGUUUGCCAAGGGAGAGCACUGUGAACAGUACAUCAAACAUUUUGAAGCGUUGUAUGGCGAGACGUGAACCUGUGACAACAAAUCACUCAGGUUAGCUUUGAAGCAGUGAUCAGGACUAGCAGCCGUUAUAAAUAAAAAUGAACAAUGUGCUAGACAAA